AAGCUUUCAUUUCACAUUUGAUACCUGGUAACCACAUAACAUCAUGUGGUUCCCUGUCAUCCUUCUACUAGCCGGCGUGGCCGUGGCCACAGGCACACUUGACCACGAGCAUGCUUGGGAAAAGGAAAACGAAUAUGAAUACCUUGUACACAGUCGGACAGUGACAAGUCUUGACAAGUUGAAACAACAAUAUACUGGACUUCAAAUGAAGGCUAAACUCACCGUUCAUGUAAAAUCGCCACAGAAAUUGCAAGUGAAGGUUUCCAAUCCACAAUAUGCUCAUGUACACACCACAUUAGUGGAUGGCCCGGAUACCGAACUUCCUGAUCAUAUGCUGGAGUAUCAGGAAAUUCCUAUGUCAGGAAAGCCAUUUGAGGUCACAAUGAAGCACGGAGUGAUACGAGAUUUAUUAGUCGACCGUAAUAUUCCUACUUGGGAAUUGAAUCUCCUCAAGAGUUUCAUGAGCCAACUGCAAAUUGACACGCAGGGAGAAAACGCGAUAAAAACUAGGAGCGCUCAAAUUCCAGUCGAUGAAAAUUCUCCUGUUAUAUUUACAGCCGUAGAAGAUUCCGUCGGUGGCAAGUGCGAAGUACUGUACGAGAUCGUACCAUUGCACCCAGAUGCUCAUCAAGAAAUACCAGACAAGAUACCUUUUCCGGACUUACGCGGUGAGGGGUAUUAUUACAACAUUAAAAAAAUGAGAAAUUACGAGAAAUGCCUUCAGCGACAAAUUUAUCAUCGCGGUCUAGAAAAUCCAUUGUUCCGCGAACAACUCUAUAAACAGGAAAAAUUCUAUAAACAAGAUAAAUUCAUUUCGGAAUUAUCUACGACUCAAAUGCUUCUCUCGGGCCAUCUGAAAAGGUUCACUAUUCAAUCUGUCGUAACGAAGAAUCAUAUAUCCGUUAGGCCUAAAAAAACUGAUCCUUUCCUUGGCAACGUCCACAGCAUAUUGAAAUUGACUUUAUUGAAAAAGGACAAAAUAUCCAGCUCACUGUUUGAUUCACUUGAAUCAAGUAACCUCGAGUCAACUGGAAACUUAAUAUACACGUAUAAUAAUCCAUUUUCUGAUUCUAAGAACCCAAUGAUACCAAGCAUCAGUAUAAAUUCCGAGCAAGUACAUUCAUCAGAGAGAACCAGUUCUUCUGAAAAAAGUUGGGACGACCAGAACAGCUCUUCUAGUAGCUCCAGCGAUGAGGAUUACACUUUAUAUAAGAGUAAUAUUUCACCUAAAAGAAUGGCAAUAGCUCCGAAAAGCCCGCUAUCACCCUUCAUUACCGUCACAAAUGUGGAACAAAUCAAGGACUUAAUUCAUGAAAUAGCUGUCACAAUACAGUCUUCUAAUGACACGCGUUUAAGUAUAAUGGAACAAUAUGUGUUCUUAAAAAAUUUCAUAUCCAUCAUGAGCUUCAAGCAGAUUGGUGAAUUAGAAGAACAUUUACGUAAUCUCAAAAGUCACGAUAAAGAUUACAAGAAUAUUGUCUGGAGCGUCUUACGGGAUGCUAUUGUGCAAACCGGAACAGAACCCGCUUUGUUGACUAUCCACAAUUGGUUAAAAAAUAGAAAAGUUGAAGGCCCAGAGGCAGCAAUAAUUAUAUCUCAAAUUUCCAAGCAUGUUCACGAACCAACAAAAGAAUAUGUCAGAACAUUCUAUGAAAUGAUAAGCGAUCCAUCAGUAUUGUACCAGACACCCGUAAAUGUGACUGCACCAUUAGCAUUUGCUGAAAUAAUACGUAAAAAUCAUGUCAAUACUUAUUAUCUGAUACGCAGUUUGAGGCGUAUAGGUCCUGUGACUUUCAGGCGUAACGUAGACACACACAUCGAGAUAACCGACGUUUAUAUUCCUUUUAUGGCUGAACAAUUGAAACAAGGCUUGUCCGAAAAUGAUACUUCAAAAGUCCAAAUAUAUACCGUGGCACUUGGUUUGACCGGCCAUUCGAAAAUUCUCUCGAUCUUUGAGCCGUACAUAGAAGGCAAGAAGUUGGUAUCGAAGUUCCAACGUUUACUCAUGGUAUCUUCACUGUCCACCUUAAGCAGAUUCGAACCAAAAUUAAUUGGACCAAUUUUUUAUAAGCUGUAUUCGAACGUAAACGAAGAUCAUAAAAUACGUUGUAUGGCCAUACAUCGAUAUAUUAUGCUCAACCCACCUUUGAUUAUGUUGCAACGCAUAGCGAAAUUUACUAAUGACGAUUUGGAUGAAAAUGUAAUCUCUACCAUAAAAAGUACAAUAAAUAGUCUCGCCAAUACGAAGCGACCAGAAUUGCAAGAUCUCGCUAUUAAGGCACGCAGUGUCAGGCAUCUAUUGAAUCCGAAAAAGUAUAAUAAAUGGAAUUCGCAAGGCUACUACACGGACUUGAAUCACUGGGGUAUUAGGGGACUUAGUGUGCAAACCAUUGGCGACAAUAGUGUAAUUCCCUCAUAUUUGCGUGUUGCUAUGAAUACUGCUUUCGAUUUCUAUGGAUUACCUACCUUGGAAGCAGGGUACAUGGUAUCAAAUAUCAAGCAACUUUGGAACAAUUGGAAGAACGAAGAAACAAGUCGUGAAUUGUUGAAAAAAUCACGUAUUGAGAAGCUGUUGCAAGUACUUCAGUUCAAGUCCGAAGAUCUGGAUAAAUUGGAAGGACAUGUCUUUAUUAACACAGUACACGAUCUUCUGAUCUAUCCCUUUGAUAGUGAAGCUCUUCGAAAAAUUUCCUCUCAGUUGAAGGAUUUCUUCAAGAAAGACCAACAAUUGGAUUUACUUUUCUUCAAUAAUUACGAAACGAUAUUAAGCUUUCCAAUUGAAAGUGGCAUCCCAUUCCUUUAUACUUUGGACUCGCCAAUAGUUGUAAAAGUUAAAGCUGAAAUGAAAAAUGACGAACUUUCAAAUACAAAAAAAACUGGCAUUUUGAAUAUGCAUGUUGCCAAUAAGGAUCAGAAGCAGUUUGGUUUUAUAGCACCUUUCGACCAUCAUAAUUACAUUGCUGGUGUUCAUGUCAAUCGAAUGUUGCAGUUACCAUUGAAAUAUGAAGUCGAUCUUGAUUCGACUCAACAAAACCUUAAUAAUGGUGCGUUAAAGAUUAGCCUACAAACUCAAACAUCUCCGAUCACUGUAUUGCAUCUCAGCACUAUUCCCUUCACUACGCGACAAGACCUUCAUGAUCUUCAACCUUUAUCUCUUAGUAGAAAUACACAUCUUGUACUAACAGAAAGAAAACAUAAAACUACAUUAGAGAGAGAUUUAAUUUCUCUCCGAGUAGAAACUGAUAACAAAGAAAUAGAAGAAAAUCUAGAAGAAAAUAAUAUUUUACAGCUCUUGUUAAAAUUACAACAGAUACCUGACGGCCAAUAUAAAAAAUUGGAUAUAUUAAUGAAUUCUGAACAGUUAGCAAAGAGUGUAUCACAAAUGAACGUUAUUUAUGAGAAAAUUACAAUUAAUAAUGACAUAAUACAAUCACAAGAACCAGAGUCACAAAUUAUGUUUCCUUUAAAACAUGUGAAGCUAAACAGUGAAAAGAGACGAAAGGAGAUUAUGACAGGCUUCAGCAAAGGCUUCAGGUCGGGUGAUGUUCGUGUAUUGGAUAUAAAUUUCAACUUACCGGAGUUAGAAAAACAACAUGUUUUCACCAUUGGUUGGGUGAACAGCAACGUGGACAAGAAGUCUAAGAUUUAUUUAUAUUCGAAUUCUCAAACAUCGAGGAAGGAAAAACCAAUAACCGAAGUUUGCUAUACGCAUGAAAUACAAUAUUCACCAGAUACUCCCCUAAAUUUUGAAUAUAUGAAGAAACAUGCGCCGAGAGAUAAGGUCAAAGCUGAACUGCAAUAUGGAGAGAGUUGUAGCAAAGGAAACAAAAUUGUCAUCGAUGCGAGCAUAUCGCGAAGCAGCCGAAUAGAGGAUAUGUUAGAGUCCUCCAAAAUAGUUAAACAAUGUUGGGAAGAAAUUGAGAGGGGACAUAAAGCACUGCAUGCUUGCCAGCAGGCCACUGAACUUGCCCGAGUGAAGAAUCAAGUGGACAUUUCAGGUAGAGGUUCAAUAACUGACUAUAUGAAAGAAGUUAUUCACAAGAUUUCCAACUUUUUGUCGCAUCUCUUCCCUCACUCACAAAUAGAAGUAACAGACUCGAAAGACUCUGAUAGAGAUGUCUUCAAUAUAAAAAUGACUUUGUCACCUAUGGAAAUAGUUCCGCCGGCUUCCUUAGAUUCUUCGCAAGUAGAUGUUACUCUUCCUAACAUGGAGCAAAGAGAUUUCGAAAUGCAAGAACUAUUAAAGGAAUAUAUCAUACAUCAAAGAAAAGAAAGAAGAGCUUCGUGUACUAUGGAUAAAGACAUGGUCCUUACUUUUGAUAAGCUGCUUUAUCCUGUGAAACUGGGGACUUGUAAACACGUACUAAUGACCACUUAUUCACAAAAGGAUCCUGAUACUCAAAAGAAUACAACAGAAGUGAAUUUUAUGGCCUUAGUUAGAAAUCAUACCGAUGGUACCAAGAUAGUUAUUCUAUUGGUGAACGAGCAUGUAAUUGAAUUAGAGAAAAUAGAUGCUAAUAUUAAAAUUCAAGUCAACGGCACUCCCAUUCAAUUAUCACAGUAUAAAGAUUAUCAACUAAGAGAAGAUGGUGAAACAUUACUCGAACUCAAUAAACUACCCGAUGGUUCGAUCGAAAUGAUUUCGAGCAAAUCUGAUAUCAAAAUACUGUUCGACGGAGAACGUAUUCAAUUAUUGGUAUCCAACAGAUAUCGCAAUGCUCUACGCGGUCUCUGUGGCAAUUACGACUCCGAUCCCAGCACCGAUUUCCUCACUCCUCAAAAUUGUGUUAUGAAGGUGCCCGAAGUAUUCACCGCUACGUAUGCCUUGACUCAUGAGGGUUGUCAGGAAGACAUUCUGGAGAACAAACGAAAAGCUGAAUUCACUCAGUGUCGUGAGUUGCCAAUAAUUCAUCGGAACAACGUUAUUAAUGAUAUAGAAGCGGGAAGAUUGCCGACACAUAGUGAACUCUGGGGCUAUCAUAACAAUAAUCUCAAGGGAAAACAUAACUUCAAUUACGAUAGUAAAAGAUCCAAUUUCGAGAGAAAUUCACUAGACGAUAACAAUCUUGUCUACCGCACAAAAGUUGUUCUAGAAGAUGAAGAGAUCUGUUUCACGACCAAACCUGUACCAAUGUGCCGUGAGGGUACCAAGUCUUCGGGAAAAAAGGAAAUGAAGGAAUUUAAUCUUUAUUGUCAACCAAGGAACGAGGAAUCUUUAUUAAUAAAACGCAGGAUCGAGCAAGGCGCUAAUCCAGAUUUUACCCGAAAGCCUUUCAGUAGGUCGCGUACUUUCCACGUUCCUAUCGUUUGCAACGCGUAAUCUGGCAAUACCAAAAUGAUAUACC